UAAUAAUUGAAUGACGGAGUUAGGAUAAGCAAUUGAACGUAUGGAAUAAUUGAAAGAAUCUAUAGAUAUAGUAAAAUAUCAUAAUAAUAGUAAUAGGGAUAUUUAUGUAUAUGUGCAGCAUUUGUUUUAUUGAUGUAAGUUGGAUUUGCAUUUUUAGAAGGUGGAUGUCUUAGAUAUAAGGAUAUGUAGAGUAUAAUGAUAAAAAUAUUCAUGAACACUUGUGUAACAAUAGUAAUAUGGUGGGUUGUUGGUUAUGGAAUAGCAUUUGGAAGUGAUUCAAAAGAAUUCGUUGGAUCAUCUGUUUAUGUUGGAUUUGAUAUGAAACAUUCUAAACACUUAGGAGAGUUUGCAUUUCAAACAGCAGUAGCAUCAGCUGCAACAAGUAUAGUAUCAGGAGGUGCUGCUGGUCGUAUGACAUAUAUUGGAUAUUUUAUAUUAUCUGUAGUGUUUUCAUCAGUUAUAUAUCCAUUUUGUGCACAUUGGGGGUUUGGACAUGGAUGGUUAAUGGAAUUAGGAUAUCAUGAUUAUGCUGGUAGUGGUACUAUUCAUGCUUCUGCUGGUAUGGGUGCUUUAAUGACAACUAUGAUUUUAAAACCUAGAAAUCAAAGAUUUAAUCCAAAAUAUGCAGAACAUUUUGAACCUAAUAAUCCAAUCUAUAUUACAUUAGCAUGUCUAUCUUUAUGGGUAUGUUGGUGUUUCUUUAAUGGUGGAUCAUCUCUAGGUAUUGCUAAUGGUGCAAGUGUUUUUAUGAGUAGAGCUAUUAUGAAUACUUUUAUUGCGGGAGCAUCUGGAGCAUUAACUGUAUUCUUUAUAUUCUAUUUGAUGAAUAUUGAUUAAACAAAUAGAUAUUCAUUAGUCAUGAUUUGUAAUGGUAAUCUAGCCGGCUUAGUUGCUAUUACUGGGUAUAUAUAUAAGUAUCUAUUAUAAUAGACCUUGUGAUAAUGUUGAUGCGUGGGCAGCAUUUGUUAUUGGAAUACUUGGAGGAAUUAUGAUGGUCUUUGCUAAUAGAGUGUUAUUCAAUCUAUAAAUUGAUGAUCCUGUUGAUGCUAUAUCUAUUCAUUUUGUAAAUACCAAUACUUAUAUAUUAUCAAGGCCUGUGGAAUGUUAGGAGCCAAUCUUGUUUCUUGGUUUGAUAUGGAUACAGGAAUUGUUUAUGGAAAAGGAGGUUAUUAAUUUGCUGUCUAAAUGCUUGGAUCCUUUAUUUAUAUUGGAUGGUCAGCACUUAUACAUUUAAUAACACUUCUAUUUAUUGAAAAAAUUGGAUUCCUCAGAGUUACUCUUGAAGAAGAAAAUGAAGGAUUAGAUAUUGCCACUACUGGAUCCUGUGCUUAUGAAAUGGUUGAAUUAUAAUCAUGA